AUGACUGGCAACCUCACUUCCUGCUCCAUCGCUUACGCCACCACCAAAUAUUUUAAAAUCCCGGUGUACUGCCUGGUGGUGGCCGGCGGGCUGCCCCUCAACUGCUUGGCCCUCUGGGCCUUAAUAUCCCAGAUGAAGAGAUCCGUCGUCCUCUCGGUCUACGUCCUGAACCUGAUCUUGGCCAACCUCCUGCAGAUCUCCACGCUUCCCUUCUGGAUCUACUUCAGUAGCAACGAUCACCUCUGGAAGCUGGGGGCGGAAGCAUGCAUGGUUGUCCGACUGGCCUUCCGCACCAACCUCUACGCCAAGAACAACUUCUUGUGCUUCAUCGCCAUGGAACGUUACUUUGGCCUCAUCCAUCCUCUCAGUUUCCAUAGGCUGCAGACCAUGCAUGGUGCCAUUGCCUUGAGUGUCACUACUUGGAUUGUGGUGGCCGUUUUGUGUGUCAUUGGCAUCUGGCUGGAGACAGAUGACUCAAAGAAUUGGUACGAGAGCUGUCUGGAUGGCACCCAUGUGGUCAAAGGCUAUGCACACUUCAAACUGGCGACCAUGAGCCUCUCCUUGUUUCUACCUUGCCUUCUCAUGGGCUUCUUCUACUUCAGGGUUCUGUUUGAGCUCAGAAAGGUGGAGUCUCUGGAGAAGCGAGCCAAAAAGCAAAUCUAUGGCUUCAUCUCCCUCAUCAUCAUCUCGUUCUUCCUCACCUGCAUUCCUUACCAGGUGACAUCCUAUUACAAGUUCUUCUGGGAACUGCAGCUGAAGGACAGAGAGAUAUGCGCGUUUGAGAGCGACCUCUUCAAUUACACAACCUCAACUUUGUGUCUGACCACCUUGGGCAACAUCUCAGAUCCCCUUCUUUACAUCCUGCUCCUCAAAGACGUUCGAGAAGACCUCAGGGGUCUCCUCAGGUUCAAGGACCAGAAGGCAGGAAUCUCAUACUCAUUAGAAGAACGGAAUCUCCCUCCACGUAACGCCACUGAAGGGGUGCGUGACCACCUUGAGACAUAA